AUGGCAGCCUUCGGUGAAGUGUUGCAGAACUCCUUUCCUAAUUUGGACCCAGAUCUGUAUUCUUAUGUUAAUGGCAUAUUGGAAGAUGGCUCAGAUGAGAUUGACACAGCCGAUGACCUCCACGACGCUAUUGGGGGGAUUUUGCAGCAAGUGGACGAGACCAAGACAGAACAAGAUAUACAGAAAAUCUGCUCCCGACUUUAUAACAUGAUGAAAGGAUCUUUAGAGAAAUCAAAUGGUGAUCACAGACGACUAGAUGCUCCAGUGUUUUUAGGUCAAGCAGUGGAGGAGAAAGAAGAAGGAGGCUCUAUAUGGAUAGCUAAGAAAGAAAAUGUCACACAAGUUGACCAGAGAAAACUUGACAAAGCAGAAGCUAAGAUCCAGAAGAAACUAGAGAAAAGGUCUCAGCCAGAGAUUUCAUCUAGACCAGAAGCUCCAAGUAUGUCAGAUGUUGCCACAGCAAGUCAACAAAUCAAUCGUAAAGAUGAGCGUCUGGACGCAUCAGGAAACAACAGAUCAUGUGAUAUUCGCAUUGAACAGUUUGAUGUUUCCUUUGGUAACAGAACAUUAAUCACAGGAGCAGACGUUCAUCUCAUAUUUGGUCGACGCUACGGAUUUGUUGGGAGAAAUGGGCUGGGAAAAACAACUCUGUUAAAAAUGAUAUCCAGCCGACAGUUGAAGAUCCCAUCUCACAUCUCCAUCUUGCACGUGGAGCAGGAAGUGGUAGGGGAUGACACAUUGGCGCUGGACAGCGUACUGGAGUGUGACGAGAAACGCCACAGCCUUCUCCAGGAGGAGAAACAGAUAAAUGCUCAGCUGGCAAAAUCAAGUGAAGCAGGAAAGGCUGACGCUGCCAUAUCUGGUCGUCUGAACGAGAUUUACCAUGAACUGGAGGCCAUGGAAGCAGACAAAGCCCCGGCUAAGGCAGCAGUCAUUCUCUGUGGCCUGGGAUUUACUACAGAAAUGCAGCAGAAAAUGACCAAAGAGUUUUCUGGAGGCUGGAGAAUGAGACUGGCACUAGCUCGAGCACUUUUCACAAAACCUGAUUUGCUCUUGUUAGAUGAACCUACAAACAUGUUGGACAUGAAGGCCAUUAUCUGGCUGGAGAAUUAUUUACAGACAUGGCCCACAACAAUCCUGGUUGUUUCCCAUGACCGUUCGUUCCUGGACGCAGUGGCCACAGAUAUUCUGCACAUACACUCACAGAGGAUUGACACGUACAGGGGCAACUAUGAAGUCUUUCACAAAACCCGAGAUGAGAAGCUGAAAAACCAGCAGAGAGAGUUUGAGGCUCAGAAACAGUACAGAGAUCAUAUACAGGUUUUCAUCGAUAGGUUUAGGUACAAUGCCAACAGAGCCUCACAAGUUCAAAGCAAGUUAAAGUUGCUGGAAAAAUUACCAGAAUUGAAACCUGUAGAAAAAGAAAGUGAAGUGAUAUUAAAGUUUCAGGAUUGUGAUAAGUUGUCUCCCCCUAUACUACAGCUGGAUGAGGUGGAGUUCUAUUAUAACAAAGACCAUGUCAUAUUCUCAAACAUCUGUGUCAACGCCAACAUGGGAUCGAGAAUCUGUAUAGUGGGUGAGAAUGGUGCAGGUAAAACAACGUUAUUAAAACUUCUGCUGGGGAGUUUGGACCCUGUGCGAGGGAUUCGACAUGUUCACAGAAGCCUGCGGAUUGGCUACUUCAGUCAGCAUCAUGUCGACCAGCUCGACAUGGGUGCCUCAUCAGUGGAGCUUCUCGCAACACGAUUUCCAGGUAAACCUGUGGAAGUGUACCGGUCAUUCUUGGGCUCUUUCGGGGUGACGGGAGAGUUAGCCACACGUCCUGUGGGGACUUUGUCAGGAGGCCAGAAGAGCCGUGUUGCCCUGGCAACCAUGAGCAUGACAAUGCCUAACUUCCUCAUUCUUGAUGAACCCACUAAUCACCUGGAUAUGGAGACAAUUGAAGCUUUGGGCAAAGCUCUGGAGAAAUUUCAGGGUGGAGUCGUGCUUGUUUCCCACGACGAGCGGCUGAUCCGCAUGGUGUGUACAGAGAUGUGGGUGGUGCGGGGCGGCACCGUCAGGAGCCUUGAGGGAGGAUUUGACGAGUACAAAAAGAGCGUGGAAGAAGAACUGGAACUGCAGUCUAGAUAACCACUGGCUGGUCCUAGUGAAAGCUUUCCCAAAGUUGUAUGUGGGGUUGUCACAGACUGUCAAGGGAAAUGGCUCCAUAGAACAAAUACAGCAGUUUUCCUACAGUUGUAUGCGGAGUGAUUGUCGGAGACUUUCAAAGGAAAUAAGUCUGUAUAACCAGUACAGCAAUUUCCCCACAGUUUUAUGUGGGAGACUAACAGAGGAAAAUAACUACACACAGGGAAGACAGCCACUUUCCUCACAGUUUCAUGUUGCAUUGGGGGAGACCGUCAAGGGGAAGUAACUCCACAUAGCGAACACAUUAACUGUUGUACAUUGUUAUGUGGGGUUUUAAGAGACUGUCGAAUUUUUUCCACACAACAUAGACAUCAACUUUCCCACAGUUGUAUGUUGGGUUAAAAGAGACUAUCGGCUGCUGGUGGAGUGAAGGGAGUUGAUUCCUAAACUAUCUGUACAGAGGUAUCAAAUGUGCGACUUUGAUAUAUUUUGGGUGUUGGUUUUAGGACAAACCAAUCAUGGUUAUUUUAGUGUGAAUGUAAGGACACUCUGUCUCUCACUCUCUCUGUUUAAAACCUGGAAAAUUUCUCGCAGAUUUCUCAACAUUGUAAUCAACUGUUAACUGGUUAAUCCUGCAGGAUUUCCUUUAACUGCUGUUAGCAAAUCUCUGCUUUUGAGCCUUUGCUUCAAAAUCUAACAAAAAAUCGGUCCUUUGUCGUUCUGAACAUGACGGGUUUGAAUGAAAGUUUUAAAAAAAACAUCUCAGUUUUGUUCUUCAAAAAGGUCCAGUAUUUCUGCAAGAAACGAGAAGGGAGAGAAAUUGAUGAGGACGUUGAUGAAAUGAAAACCCAAUAAAUAAUCAUCCUGGAUUAUGUUGAGAUUAUUUUCCUGAUGUCUGAUAAUUAAAGCAUGUCACAGAUACCUUCUUCACCAUUGGUCACUAUUACUACUGACAACUUUCCAACAGGGAAUACAGUUUGUUAUUAAAGCACAUAACAAGCAGUAAUGCAACUGAAUGAUGAAACUUCUGGUAUCAUGCUUUUAUACUGAACCAUUUGUGAAAUUAAAGCUAAAAUUUGAAAUAUAAUUUUACACCUUAUUUUUGGGCCAUAGAAAUUAAAAUUUCGUCCACCUCAUCAGUGUUGUUUUCCAGUACCAAAAUUAAACACUGUGACAAGUUUUUGAUUUUUUGCUUGAUUGAGAAAAGGCUUUGAAAAUUGGUCUUGGAUGUUAAAACCAAGUGUGCUGAAAAAGAAAAUUAGUAUCUGUGAAAUCAGUACUUGUAUUGAAUGCGUUGGUGGUUAAAUUUUAGAACAUUUGGACAUCUUUGUGACUGUCAGUAAUUUAAUCAUGCUAUUCUAACGCGGAAAACUUCGUACAUGCAGUACAAACGUGAAAAACUCCAUACAUGUAGUUGGUAAAAUGCAGGGAAGAGGGCCGCGAAAUGGUUUUGCGGUGGGACGGGAGUGGGUCGUGGGGGGCUGAGGGUAGAAUUGUCAAGCUGUACAUGAAAGUCUGGUUCCCGGGUUUCAGCGUUCUUGACCCUCUGGUCUUGUUUCUUGGCCUUAGACUGAGCAUUGGGCCAAUGUCUAAAACCUAAAAGUA